GGAAGCCGUGUGUCCCCCUGUGUCUCCCCGACACGGUUCAGUCUUCAGUCUCCUCAGAGGAAUGCGGCUCUCGUAGCUGAACUGAACCUGAAUCUCGAGGCAUCGCUCCCUUCACAUCAUGGCUGGCUUCAGGCAAGAGGAUGUCGAGUUGUAUUAUGAGAUGGAAGAGGAGCUGGGCAGUGGACAGUUCGCCAUUGUUCGCAAGUGCAAGGAGAAGAGCACAAGUAUUGAGUACGCGGCCAAGUUCAUUAAGAAGCGGCGGCUGUCGUCCAGCCGGCGGGGGGUGAGCCGCGAAGAGAUCGAGCGAGAGGUCAACAUCCUGCGGGAGAUUCAGCACAGCAACAUCAUCACUCUGCACGACAUCUUUGAAAACAAGACGGACGUGAUCCUGAUCCUGGAGCUGGUGUCUGGAGGAGAGCUCUUUGACUUCCUGGCUGAGAAGGAGUCUCUGUCGGAGGAGGAGGCCACUCAGUUCCUCAAACAGAUUCUGGAUGGCGUUCAGUAUCUUCACUCCAAACGCAUCGCCCACUUUGACCUCAAGCCUGAGAACAUCAUGCUGCUCGACAAGAACGUCCCCAACCCCAGGAUCAAACUGAUCGACUUCGGGAUCGCUCAUCAGAUAAAAGCAGGAAACGAGUUCAAGAACAUCUUUGGCACACCAGAGUUUGUCGCGCCAGAAAUAGUAAACUAUGAGCCACUUGGACUGGAGGCGGACAUGUGGAGCAUCGGAGUGAUCACGUACAUUCUGUUGAGUGGAGCUUCGCCGUUUCUGGGUGAGACCAAGCAGGAGACCCUGACCAACAUCUCAGGCGUCAACUAUGACUUUGACGAGGAGUAUUUCAGCAACACCAGCGAGCUCGCCAAAGACUUCAUACGCCGCCUGUUGGUCAAGGAUCCAAAGAAGAGAAUGUCGAUUGAUGACAGUCUUCAGCAUCCCUGGAUUAAGGUGAUCAAGAGGCGGAAUGUGCGUCCAGAGGAGAGAGACCACAAGCCUGAGCGCCGGCGCCUGAAGACCACUCGUCUGAAGGAGUACACCAUUAAGUCUCACUCCAGCAUGCCGCCGAACAACACCUAUGUCAACUUUGAGCGCUUCUCCCAGGUGCUCGAGGAGAUCGCAGCGGCAGAGGAAGGUCUGAAGGACCUGGAGCGCAACCAGCGCUCGUGCCAAGAGGAUGUGGCGGCGCUACUGUCCAUCUACGAGGAGAAAGAGGGUUGGUACAAGGAGGAGAACCAGAGCAUCUCCAGCGACCUGAGCCACAUCCGCCAGGAGCUGCAGCGCUCCCAGACCCAGCGCAAGAAGUGCCAGGAGGAGGCCCGAGUCACCAUGCAGGCUGCCAACAUCCUCAAGCGCAAGUUUGGGCGCCUGGAAAACCGCUACGAUGUCCUGGCCGAGCAGGUGGCCUCCGAGGUCCGCUGGGUGGAGGAGCUGGUCAAGUCCAUAUCUGCAGAGAGGGACGGGCUCAGCUCUGGCAGCAUGCCCUGAGCUGGGCUCACGUCCAACAAAGACACUUUUAAUCUCAAGUAUCGUCCUGCCCGUCUUCUCCGCAUGCGUCACACACAGCAGCGUGUGAGUGGGUCAGUCGUCAUCAUAAGCUAGGCAGCUGCUUCCAAUCAGGAAAGAUGUUCCACCAUUUUAAUGUUACAUCGAGAGAAACCAGCAAGAAGCAGCGAAGCAAUAUACUGAACCCAUUCCCCAUUGAAGAGGCUCAUUCCUCCGUGUUUUAUACAUUAAUUUAUAAUUUUAGAGAUUUCACGUACUGUAAUGCAGCUGUCAUGCAUCCUAGUUCACUAAAUCAUUUGCAAACCACAUUGGGGUUUUGUAAAUAGUUUUUUCUUCAGACGCUAAAUUCAGCUGAAUUUUCAAGAGCUUUAAAAGUCAUUGACGUCUGCAUCAGGUUACUUUCCAGUUUGGUGAGAAAGCUUCACAGGAUUCAGCUGAUGGAAGUCAGGGGUAUUUAUUUAUCCAUUUACAUGCAUUUUAGAUUUGAUUGCAGCUGAUUUUAAAUCUUAAAUUCUCUCACAUGUUGGAAAAGAGCAUUGACCUUAACGGAUGCAAUAAAUCCAAACUCUGAGUAUAGAAGAGUUAGAGCAACACUUUAUUUUACUGGUCCAUUAUUUCUGAACUUUUUGGCAGUACCACAUAGGCUGGUUAAAGAAAUACAGGGAAAAUAUUCAUAAACUAUAUUUGUCCAUUCUAAACUUAGUAAAUAUUUAUGAAUCAUUUGUUUAUUAUCGCAAAAUUUAUCCUUUUAUAUAUUUUUUAAUUGUUUGUUUUAAGUGAUAUUUCCCCAUUUACCUGCUGUCGUCUGUGUACCAGCUGAUAUCAUUUGAAAAUUUCCCUCGGUUACUUACAGAAUUGAUGGACCUGUAGAAUAAAGAUGUUACCAGAUUUGAGAAUGUACAAACUCAUCUUUGCGGUGCCUGUAAACUGAUGACAUUUCUAUCACAUUGAUAUCGCUCGAUGUCUUAAACGCAACAACUUUUGCACAGUAUCCUUGUUAACCAAAUCGUGUGCAUGGAAACUUUCUUUAUGAGCUGUAUCUCCUGUUAGUUUUUCUGUUUCCUUUCAGACCAUCCCUGCACACUUGAAACAUUCCACCGAUAAGUUUCACAUCCUGGCAACACAUUCCCCAUGUCGAGCAUAGAACAUAUAUGAUGUAGUCAAUAGUAUUUUUCGGUAGAGAGCUGUACUCCUUUGCACUUAACUAAUUAUAGCAAUGUUCCAAAAUAUAUUUUGAUUUGUGUCUAAGAUGUAAAAAUGGCCUGUCUGGGUUUAUGUCAAAUAAACAAAGUUAUAACUGUAA